AUGCUUAGUCAGAAUAUAAGAACAGCUAGUUGUUGUCGUCGUCAAUCAACCAAGUUGAUGAUGAUGAAAAUUCAAAUGAGAUCCAUUACCAAAACAAACUUACAAAAUGCUACUAUGACUUCAACUUCGAGACCUAGUCCUUCUCCUGCCUUCAAUGCUGCUGCUGCUGAUAUCAGCAAACAACAUCCAACUUCAAGAUCAUCUACCAAUACUUAUCCAUCUAUAAAUAAUCAUCACAAUACUGAAGUUUUAAUGGAUGAUUCAUUCAUUGGUCUUACUGGGGGGGAAAUCUUUCAUGAAAUGAUGUUAAGACAUAAUGUGGAUACUGUGUUUGGUUAUGCUGGUGGGGCUAUCUUACCAGUGUUUGAUGCCAUUUAUAAUUCUGAUAAAUUUCAAUUUGUUCUUCCAAGACAUGAACAAGGUGCAGGUCAUAUGGCCGAAGGUUAUGCUAAGGCUACUGGUAGACCUGGUGUUGUCCUUGUUACUUCGGGUCCAGGGGCCACUAAUGUUAUAACUCCUUUAGCUGAUGCUCUUAUGGAUGGUGUCCCAUUAGUUGUAUUUUCUGGUCAAGUUCCAACCACUUCAAUUGGUACUGAUGCUUUCCAAGAAGCUGAUGUUAUUGGUAUUUCAAGAUCUUGUACUAAAUGGAAUGUUAUGGUUAAAAAUGUAGCUGAAUUACCAAGAAGAAUCAAUGAAGCUUUUGAAAUUGCUACUACUGGUAGACCAGGUCCAGUUUUAGUUGAUUUACCAAAAGAUGUUACUGCAUCAAUUUUAAGACAUGCUAUUCCAAUAAAUACCACUUUACCAUCAAAUGCUCUUAGUCAAAUCACUAAAAAAGCUCAAAAUGCUUUUAUAAGUGAAUCUAUUAGAAGAGCUGCUAAUUUAUUAAAUAAAUCUAAAAAACCAAUCAUUUAUGCUGGUGCCGGGAUCUUAAAUCAUGAAGAUGGUCCAAAAGUUUUAAAAGAAUUAGCUGAUAAAUUAAACAUACCGGUAACUACCACUAUUCAAGGUUUAGGUACGUUUGAUCAAAGAGAUCCAAAAUCUUUAGAUAUGUUAGGUAUGCAUGGUAAUGGUGCUGCCAAUACUGCUAUACAACAAGCUGAUUGUAUUAUUGCUCUUGGUGCUAGAUUCGAUGAUAGAGUUACUGGUAACAUUACUAAAUUUGCUCCUGUUGCUAAAUUAGCUGCUCAAGAAAAUAGAGGUGGUAUUAUUCAUUUUGAAAUUAGUCCAAAAAAUAUAAAUAAAAUUGUUGAAGCUACUGAAGCUAUUGAAGGUGAUGUUACUGCCAAUUUAAAAACUUUUAUUCCUUUAUUACAUCCAGUUAAAGAAAGACCUCAAUGGUUUGCUAAAAUUAAUGAAUGGAAAGAAAAAUUCCCAUACGCUUAUCAACUUGAAACUCCAGGUUCUUUAGUUAAACCUCAAACUUUAAUUAGAGAAAUCUCUGAACAAGCUUCAACUUAUAAUAAAGAAGUUCUUUAUACCACUGGGGUUGGUCAACAUCAAAUGUGGGCUGCUCAACAUAUUACUUGGACUAAACCAAGAACUAUGAUUACUUCAGGUGGUUUAGGUACUAUGGGUUUUGGUUUACCUGCUGCUAUUGGUGCUCAAAUUGCCAAGCCAGAUGCCAUUGUUAUUGAUAUUGAUGGUGAUGCUUCAUUCAAUAUGACUCUUAUGGAAUUAUCAUCUGCUGUUCAAGCCAAUGCUCCAAUUAAAGUAUGUAUUUUAAAUAAUGAAGAACAAGGUAUGGUUACUCAAUGGCAAUCACUCUUUUAUGAACAUAGAUAUUCUCAUACUCAUCAAUCUAAUCCAAACUUCAUGAAAUUGGCUGAAGCUAUGGGUGUUGAAGGUAUUAAAAUCUCAACUCAAGAAGAAUUAAAAGAAGGUGUCAAGAAAUUCUUAGAUGCCAAGGGUCCAGUUUUAUUAGAAGUUAUUGUUGAAAAGAAAGUUCCUGUUUUACCAAUGGUUCCAGGUGGUAAAGCUUUAGACGAUUUCAUCGUAUUUGAUGCUGAAGUUGAAAGACAACAAACCGAAAUAAGAAAAGAAAGAACCGGUGGAAAACAUUAG